GCGUCGCGGGUGGGGCGAGGGGAGGAGACAAUGUAGCCAGGCUCCCGUUUCCUUUCCGCGCCGCGUGGAGAGGCAGAGAGAGAGAGCGCGAGCGCGCAGAGACAGAGGCGGCGGUCGCGGCACAAACAGGUGUCGCUCUCCCAGGGUUGCUGACGGUGAACCCCGCAGCCGGCGAAGCCCUCGCUCACCUGGACUCGGCCGUCCUGCCUCGUGAAGAAAGGUUGCCUGGGCCAUGGAAAGUUCUUCAGAUACAUUUGGAAAGCAUGGCUCUGCUGAUGCCAAGUUACAAGAAUCCAGAGUACUGACUGAAGAAGAAUGGCUGCAGAAAUGGGAAACUAACAAUAUUGGAUUUCAUAACGAGCAAGGACAUCCUCUCCUAAAGAAGUAUAUGGAUAUAUUUCUCAAUGGCAGGAGUGGACUGAAGAUAUUUUUCCCACUUUGUGGCAAAACCAUUGAAAUGAAAUGGUUAGCUGACAUGGGGCACCAAGUCAUUGGCGUGGAAAUCAGUGAAAGUGCACUGAAGGAGUUUUUCACAGAACAAAAACUUUCUUUUUCGGAAGAAGCCAUUCCAGGCAUCCCUGGUAAAUUACUGAAGAGCACAACUGGAAAUAUUUCUUUGUACUGCUGCAGUAUUUUUGAUUUGACCAGUGCCAUCACUGGCAAGUUCGAUGCGAUUUGGGAUAGGGGAUCUCUAGUAGCUGUUAACCCUUGUGACAGAGAACGCUAUAGCCAGUUGAUAUUAUCACUAAUGGACAGCAGGUGCCAUUGUCUACUAGUAACCUGUUUAUAUGACCCAAGCAAACACAAAGGUCCACCCUUCUAUGUUCCUGAUUCUGAAGUGAAACAUUUAUUUGGCAAAUCCUGUGAUAUUACAUGUCUUGAAAAAGUCGAUGGCUUAUUAGAGAGGCAUCAGAAGUGGGGUGUAGAUUACUUUUGGGAGGUGCUAUACAUGCUUGUCCUAAAAUAGCCAAGAGGAUAACAAGCAUCUUAGGUUGCAGAUCUGUACUCAAUUACCUUGAAAUAAGUCCCACUGAAUGAAGAACUCUUCAGAGUGAACAUGUAUAAGAUUU